AAGCUGUGUUCGGAACAUUCCGCCCUCUCAAGAACUCUCUGGCGGGGUUGGGACUAUAAAACCGCAGACUGGAUUGUUUCGCGUCGCUAUAUUCGGCAGCAGCGUGCUCUUUCACCCUGAUCAAACUUUCUGUUAGUCGCGCGGACCGUUUUCAUUUCUCCACUGCAACGCCGUAUCGUGCAAUCCAGAAGUUGAAAAGUACCUAUACAAGUUGGAAAGGGAGUUGUCAUUAUAAACGCAAUAAUGCGAUAUGUGUUUGCAUCAGCCUCUCACAAGUUUCUAGGAGCAGCGGUUCUAGCAUUUUAUCUUCAAGUUAACUUUGCAUAUACUCUACCUGAAGAUGCGACGAUACUCUUGAAAUCGGAAGACGACAAUCUCCAAACCGACACAGACAUGGUUAAGAAAAACUGGGACAAGAACCUUAAAAUGUGGGGGAAAAGGGCUUGGUCCAAUCUUCACGGUGGUUGGGGCAUCAAAAGAAGUAUACCUGAAGAUUCUGAACAAGAUAUUGUGAUAGCUGACAAACGAUCCUGGGAAAAUUUGAGGAGUGGUUGGGGGAAGAGAAACGACUUCAUGGAAGAUGUAUUAUCCCAAGAGCCAAUGAUGACCAGGCUUGAAACUGACUAUCCUGAUAGUGAUAACCUAGAAUACAAUGAAGAUGAAAAAAGAAGCUGGAGUCAAUUGAACCAUGGUUGGGGCAAGCGCAAUAAGUGGUCCGAAUUCAGAGGUGCUUGGGGUAAGCGUAGACCUGAUCCAGCUUGGAACAAUCUCAAAGGAAUAUGGGGAAAAAGGAACUACAACGACAACGUCAUGAUCUAAAAAUUCGAAUGGCCACUACAAAAAUUGGGUUUCAAUUGUUCAUAAUACCUACCUAAAAAUUGGAUGAAUGUAUGACGAUGUAUCAUAAUAUCAGAUUCAAUAUGUUUUUAACUUUCCGAAGUUUGUUGUAUAUUUUUGAAAAGAUUUAUAAUUAUAUGCAUACAUAAUACAAUUAUAAUCGGAGUACUAAGGGUUGUGUAUUGACUUUCGUUAGGAAACAAAAAAUAUAUGGUAAGCAGUAAAA